CGAGUCGCGGUAGAUCUGUCUGGGAAUAACGAAACCUGCCGCUCGUUAUCUUAUCGAAGAGGAAACACAUUUUAUAAUUCCGAUACAUACGUGCACGUGACCUUAUUCCUGACAUACUUCAGACACCCAAUGGCUUCCCGUGCACUAGUUCUGGUGCUAACGCUGAUUUUUCCGGCGCAGGCACAAAACGGAUGUCCUCCAGGCUUCCAAAGUAAUAACGAGGGAUGUUUCUACGUUUCCAAUACGGAGGCCACAUGGGCCGGAGCAUUGGGUUACUGUAACACUGAACAUGGACACCUCGCCUAUAUAGAGACGGACCAACAACAGGCUGUCAUCGCGAACUACCUCCACCAGCAGUACAACGAGUCAAGCAUCCAACUGAGUACCAGAAACGACUACCACUACCACUACUUGCACGACUCGGGGCUGGACGUGACCGGACACACGUCGUUCACUUUCCAAGUGAAGGCGUGUCACGACGCCCACAUCGCCCUAUCACAGGACAAGGGUGUCGACUCAAGAAACACGUACGAGAUUGUGAUUGGUGGUUGGGCUGACUCGCAGUCAGUCAUCCGGGACUGUAAACAAUGCGCGCACAUGGACACACAGAAUCGCAUGCCCCAUCCACUUUCGUGUAGUCAAUAUCGACCAUUUUGGAUCAGUUGGGCGAAUAACGUGAUCCGUGUGGGUCAUGGUAACGUCGUGGGGAAGAGUCAGUUUAUGAUGUGGAACGAUACCGCCCCUCACGAGGUCAAUUAUGUCGCGGUCGCCACUGGAUUCGGUUCCAGUGGAGAAUGGAAUAUCACAGUUGGUAACUACUGGCCUGGUCAGUUCUGGCUCGGACUCUCGGACCUUGCCGUGGAAGGGGAGUGGAUGUGGCUUCCACAGCAGGGAAGUCUAAACUACGCCAACUGGGGGUCAGGUGAGCCGGACAAUGCAAUGAACCGUGAACACUGUGCACUAAUUGACCUCCACCGGAACUAUACCUGGUCCGACGACAACUGCGAGGAACGUAGGAACUUCAUUUGUCAAAUUGAUCUGUAAAAAAUGACUUCGUAACAGGAGUUGAAAUAAAUACAGUUCUAGUAAUAAUC